CGCGGAGCUUAUGAUCGGUUUCAGUAUUCGAGUUAAUCUGCUCACGCAAGCACAGCUCGCAAAAAUGAGGUCCAUUGUUAAAAUCCCCUUCAUUUUGUUGUGUUUCCUGAUAGCUGCAGCUUGGGCUCAAGAUGUAAGGCCUGAGAUUCCAGAAGAUAUUAGGCCCACAACAACUACAACAACAACAGAAACCCCAACUUCAACAACUGAACCCCCAACUUCAUCAACAGAGCCCACAACUUCAACAACUGAACCCAUAACUUCAACAACUGAACCUACAACAUCAUCAACUGAGCCCACAACUUCAACAAGUGAAUCCACUACUACUUCCACCACAAAAGCCACUUCAACAACAGAAUCAAUUCCAACUACAACAACAGAAUCAAAUACAACAAUAGAGAUCACCACAAAUACUACAACAGAACCUAACAUAACGACAACUACAGAGAGGAAACCAUUACAUCCGACCCACCAGCCUCCCCAUGUGCGACCCACUUCCACUCCACAGAACUCUAGGUUGAUGCAACCGCUAGAAAGGUGUUUUUUGAGAAACAAGUUGGAGUACAUUACCGGCUGGCCAUACCCGUCAACGAUCAACUGUUAUCGCUGCUGCUACUAUUACGACUGCCAUCUCACCCAAUGCAGUAAUCUUCACCAGGGGGCCUGUUCGCAAUAUGACUUCGAAAAAUUAAAAGUACACGUGAAUUGGAAACAAGUCUAAUAAAAGCGGAUCGCCUAAUACUCUUUUUUUUCACCCGUGUUUUUUUUUAAGGAACGGAUUGUCAAAUUUUCAUCUUUUGACUUAAAAUGCACCUUAUUGUGAAAAUGCACUUUCUGAAACCUUCUCCAACAAAUAUUCAUAUUUACUCAACCAAAUAUUUUUAAGUGCCGGCAUCUUAUUUACGAAUAAUUACUAAGCACUUGCUCUUUCUGCGUGCUAGCGUUCUGUUAUCAGCCCUCACCUUUUGCGUGUGGGUUGGUUUGGUUGUGUUAAUGACUGUAGCUCUAUAGCUAUAGACCAAGCUCAAGCUACUCGGGACUGGCGAUCAUUUUCAGUAUUGAAUGCAAUCAGCUCACGUCAACACAGCUCGCUAAAAAUGAGGUCCCCAGUUAUUUAUUUUGUUUUUCUGGUGACUGGAGCGUGUGCUCAAGACAUAAUACCGGAAAUUCCAAUAGAUUUUCCGCCACCCACUACAUCAACUACUACGACAGAAGAAGCUACAAUUCCAACAACAGAAUUCAUCCCAACAACAGAACCAACUACAAUUGAACCCACAACGACUUCCACAACGGAGUUCACUGCAACUUCAACGGAACCCACCACAAAUUCCACCACAACUUCAACAACACAGUCCUCUACAACUACAACUAAGGAACCCACAACAAUUUCCGCAACGGAGCCCCCUACAACUUCAACAACGGAACCGACAACAACUUCAACACAGGCAAACCCAGCUUCAACAACAGAACGCACAACAUCCCCAACAACACAAAGAGACACAACUUCAAGGCGACCCUGGAGUUGGAGCCAGCCGUCAGAAAAUUGUUAUCUGAGAGAGCAAGAGGAGUACAGCAGGAAUUGUUAUGGAUGGGGCUGGCGGACAACGACUGUUUGUUAUCGUUGCUGCCAUUAUGAUUACACUGGAUUCGCCGGAUGCAGUAAACUACACAAUGGUCGGUGCUCGCGAUACAAUUAUGAUCGAUGGAAUACACAGACUAUAUAUGAUGCCUUUUUGUUCUAACCAAAGCCACAGCCGAACUCAUUUGGGAGCACAUAUAUUUUCUUUUAUCCAUAAAACUGUUCUGUUAUAACAAAAAUAUAUAUUUAAAAUUAAGAA